UGUAAAACCAAAGGUGGUAUAUAACUCAAAGCUUGUUGAUGAAAUGACUAUACACUAACAUUCAACAACAUUUACGGACCAUUAUAUAAACUCUUAAAAAUGCGAAAUUUUCAAUUGAAAUAUAAUCAACCGAUGAAUAUGUACCGACAUGACUUCAAACCAUUGAACUUGGUUUGAACAACUAAGUCCGUGAGUUUAUCUAAUAACUAGAAACUGAGUUUUGAACGUCAUUGAAUAAUAUUAGUUAAGAUAGGAUUUACUCGGCAAGGUUAAAAAAUGACCGUGAAUUUAUUAGCGUCUGCAUCCAUUAAUAUAUCUAGUUCUUUUGAAGGGUCAAAUUUAUCAGUAGAACAAGAGAAUAAGACUGGUGUUUUAUCAAAAGAUGAACAGAACUAUGAGAAUCUACUAUGGGGGACAAUGGUUACAAAUAUUAUUACGAGUUUCUUAGCUUUACUUACUGCAGGAAUAUUCAUCGGUAACUUGUUGGUUAUUCUAGCUGUUGCUACAACGAGUAAACUGCGACGAAUUACUGACCAGUAUCUGCUGUCACUUGCUAUAGCUGACUUUUUAGUGUCGGUAUUUGUUCUUCCCUUCGCUAUUGUACGUCAUCAUUUAGGCUACUGGCCAUUUGAAUCAGCAAUUUUAUGCUAUUUUUACAUUUCUAUAGAUACACAGUGUUGCAUGGCAUCUAUAUUUAACUUGUGCUGUAUAUCAAUAGAUCGUUUUAUUGCUAUUAGUUAUCCAAUUAAAUAUAUUACCAAACGAAAUCGUGCAACAGCAUUAGCUAUGAUAGUUAUCGCUUGGAUAUUGCCUCUACCGGCUAUUGUGCCACCUUUAAUUGGAUCAUAUGAGCAUACUUCCGGGAUUGGAAAUUGCUAUUUAAGUUAUGAUAAGAAAUAUAGAAUCUAUUCAUCUGUACUAGGUUUCUUUGUGCCAUUAUUAUUGUUGGCAUUUGUCAAUAUUAGAAUAUUUUGCAUUAUAAACAAUCGAAUGAAAGCAUUUGAAAAUGUUAAAAUUCAUAAGCUAAAACAUAAAACCUCAAAAUCCGACAAUGCUAAUAUGUUCAGUUCAUCUGCUCUCUGUACACCUUCGUACCGAACAGACUUUAAGAGAAAAUGGAAUAAAUGUCGUGAUUCACAAACGAGUUUUUCAAACAAAGACAUAGGUUCAUCUUUAUUUUCGCUUACAAGUGGAUGUGCAGGUAAACAUUCUCAAAGUCUACCUGGAAGUAUUAAAAAGGCCAGAUCUCCUAUCGAUAAACAAGCAUCAGAUAAAUCGCAUAUAUCAGCAGAAGCCUCUUCCGUCUGUGAUGAUCGCAUGUAUUCAAAAGAUAAUUUGAAGGAAAGAGGGACCUGUUCAAAUCAGUCUAGUAUACACAAAAUACAAACGUUUAAAGGAGCAAACUCGGAUAUUAUAUCACCUAAUCUAAGCUCAGAUAACAUUAUUUACACAUCACAUAAUGAUUAUAUGUCGCAAACAUCAACUGAUGAUAAUGCUCCUGAAAUCCCACAGUCAACAAAUAAACUUGAAUUUUCGACAGUCAAGCUGCAUAAAUUACACCAAAACUUAAUUAUUGCAAAUAAUCAAGUCGAAAAGCUUUGCAACAUAUCCUUGUCUAAAGAUCAUGCCAGAAACAAUCCUCAUCAUAUAAAUAAGCUAGUAAAGAAGCAUUCGCCUAAAUCAAUCCAACGUCAUGAACGUGCAUUACUCAAAAAAGAGAAGAAGACUAAUCGAACUGUUGCAGCAAUUGUAGGUUGCUAUACACUAUGUUGGUUGCCAUUUUUUACAUUUUUUUUAGGCGAAGCAAUAUUUGAUUGUACAUUUUCAGAAGGAUUAUACUCAUUUGUUUGUUGGUUAGGCUAUAGUAAUAGUAUAUGCAAUCCAUUAAUUUAUACAUUUUUUAACAAAGAAUAUGCAUGUGCUUUUAAACGUCUUUUAUUUAUACAUAAAUGUUCAGGUUUGAUUAGAGAUGGUAGUUUUUAAAGUAUAAUUGGAUCCUCAUCACCCCCAUCAUCAUCAUCAUCGUUAUGAAUGUCUUUACUUCUAAUGGGUAGUAUUUCCUUAUUAGAAUUACCUCUUUCGGUUAGCUGUUGCUAUUGCUGGUUAUUGAUUUGCUAAGACUGUCAAAGACUGUCUAUUUGAAAAUGAACUCCUCUAUUGUCAAAUGUUUAUACUUGUUUUGUUUGUUUGUUUGUUUGAUAUCAUUUUAUGCCAUAGUAGAUGAUAACUUUCAAACUGCAACGCAUAAAAACAAACACAUCAAAUAGUGAAAU